UACCCUGCAUGUCUUUGGACUGUGACAAACUGUUUCUUUUCAUUAAAUGUAAUUCUAUUUGCUCUUUUAUAGGCAGGUCACCAAUCAUGACUUAUAUUGUACAGUAACUGUAUUUUCUUUUUCUUCCAGUACUCGGUGGUGCUGCUGUAUGCCACUAAACCUUUGGAACCAGGCCAUCAGCAAGCCCCAAACCCCAACAUGAACACAUCAGCACAGUCCCAGACUUUGCUACCAUGAUAAGGCACCAGCUCCUCCUGAUCUGACGUGGAUAAACAGAUCCCCAUCAUAUCUAGAUGUAUUCUAAAGAAAACGUUGAUCCGUCCGCCUCCAGCGGCUCCGCACAAAAGUUUAUAGCCCCUUAUUCAGUCAAUGGACCACAGCGGCUUCCGAGAAAUCCACCUUCUGGAAACAGUGGGAGAACACUUUCUGAAUCUUGUGUCAUCAGUAGCUCCAUGUCAAACAGGAUUGAAAGGCCAAGGUUUACCAUUAAUGAUUUUGAUAUUGGCCGACCAUUGGGCAAAGGGAAAUUUGGAAAUGUAUAUUUGGCCAGGGACAAGGAAAUGAAUUUUAUUGUGGCUCUAAAGGUGCUCUUCAAGUCACAGAUUGAAAAGGAGGGAGUCGAACAUCAGCUGCGCAGAGAGAUUGAAAUUCAGUCACAUCUCCGGCACCCAAACAUCCUACGCCUCUACAAUUACUUCCAUGAUAGGAAGCGUGUCUUUCUAAUUCUGGAGUAUGCCCCACGUGGAGAGCUUUACAAAGAACUUCAACGUUGUGGCCGUUUUAAUGAACAGCGAAGUGCGACGUAUAUGGAGGAGCUGUCAGAUGCUUUGCAGUACUGCCAUGCCAACAAAGUGAUUCACCGAGAUAUCAAGCCAGAAAAUCUGCUCUUAGGGUUUAGAGGAGAGCUCAAAAUUGCAGAUUUUGGCUGGUCUGUUCAUGCUCCAUCUCUCAGGCGCAAGACAAUGUGUGGAACGUUGGAUUAUCUCCCUCCAGAGAUGAUUGAAGGAAAAUCUCAUAACGAGAAGGUGGACCUGUGGUGUAUCGGUGUGCUGUGCUACGAGUUUCUGGUGGGGAACCCGCCUUUUGAAACUGCGUCCUACUCCGAGACCUACAAAAGAAUCACAAAGGUUGAUUUAAAAUUUCCCAGCAUUGUCUCACCUGGGGCACAAGACCUCAUCUCUAAACUCCUUCGCCAUGAGCCUGCAAUGAGACUGUCACUUCAGGGAGUCAAAGAGCACUCGUGGGUGAAAGGAAAUUCACGCCGUAUGUUACCUCCAGUGUACAAUGCAACAUAGUAAGCCCAGAGUUUAGAACGAAUGAACGAACAGGAGGACCCUUUAUUAGCAUUUUAAUUGUAUUCGUGUAUAUAUUUAUAUUGUAUAGAUGUGUGUGCAUGUUUGUGAUUUGUUCAAUAUUUUCAUGUCUGAAUAUAAUAAAUGUUAAUGUGCUUGCUGAGCUGUCUAGCUUCAGUCUGCUUUU